AUGGCUCACCAUCCGGACUAUGUUGGACCGAAGCAUAAGCGCCCCAUCACCGAAGCUGGCCUGGAUCGCUUCUUCCAGCGAUGCACUCAGCUGGAGCAGCUUUCACUGCUCUGCCUCCAUCGGGACGUCCACCUACCCGCUUCCUUCUUCCACCUCACGCGUCUACACACCCUGGCUUUAACAGCCGCCUCCGCCUUAGAAGCUCCAGAUCUGGACAGCCUCGCUUCUCUCACCACUCUCCAUAUCGCCUCCCCGGAGUUGAACGAGGAGCAGCUGGCCAACGUGCGUCGUCUUCCCAACAUCACCAGCCUUUCACUCUCUGCCGGGACCUCGUUUUCUCCUCAUGGCUCGGCUGCCUUAGCCAUCUCACAGCUGCCGUUGAUCAAAUCGUUGGACACUCGCCACGUGUUGCUGUCGGAUUGGCCAGUGACAAGUCUUGAACGGCUGCAGAUAUCAUACUGCGGAGAUUUGAAGCGGUUUCCGGACAGCAUUGUGGAGUUGCUGCCGCGUCUGCGUGAGCUGACCGUUUCCAGGUGCGAGGCCUUCGAGGAGCUGCCCGAGGGAAUCUGUUCCCUGGAGCACCUCGAGACCUUGUCAGUCAUCGAAUGCGACUUCGAAUUUCGCUGCCUGCCUGAAAACAUCGGGAGAUUGACUGCCCUGAAAACUUUGGUUCUGGAUCAUCUGCCACUGGCGAGCCUGCCUGCCUCCGUCUGCCAGCUCAGCUCCCUGGAGACCUUCUUUCUGCUCUCGUGCGACUCAAUCCGCGAGCUGCCAGCAGGUUUUUGCUGCCUCACAGCUCUCACGACUCUCUGCCUCGGGCGAGUGGCGCUUCCAGCGGACAUAGGCCGCCUGAGUAACCUCCACACGCUGCUUGUGAGAGAUAGCCUCGAGCAUUGGCAUCUGCCGCCCUCGUUAUCCGAGAUCACGUCGCUGACAAGGCUUGAGCUGGACGAGUGCGGCGUGGAGGAGCUGCCAGAGGGCGUGGUGGGAUCGCUCUGCAACCUGCGCGAGCUGCACGUCUCAUACUGCCCUCCACUCACGGCCCUUCCAGCGUCCGUCACGUGCCUGACUGCCCUUGAAGCUCUCUCACUCGCUCACUGCCAUAAUCUGGCCUCAGCGCUCACAAGGCUGGACGGCUUGACACGGCUCAAGCGGCUGGAGGUGGCCUGGUGUGACAUGCUCACACGGCCUCCUCUAGUCCUGCCGCCUUCCAUUGAAUGGCUGAGUUGGGGAGGUCGCAGGCAGGCCAUGGCUCUGCCAGACAUGUCCGCGCUGACGGGGCUUCGAACGCUUCGCCUGGACGUUGUUGCGGUGGCAUGUGGGGUCGCUGUGAGCAGGAGCCUAUCGCACCUGGAGCAUUUGCAGCUGAGUUUGGCUGGCGAUGCGGAGGAGCUUCCAUUCGCCUUGACGUUUCUCUCCCGCCUGCGCACCCUGAUUGUUGGGAGCGCGAGGAAUGUCCAAAGGCUGCCGGCCGAUAUCGGGUCAGCAGUGCCGCAGCUGAGGAAGCUGAUGCUAAGCUAUGCGCAGCUGGAGGCAUUGCCAGGGGGGUUUGAGAGAGGUGAAGGCACUGCGGAUGCUGGAUGUGGAGGAGUGUGGGCAUGUGAAGGAUAG